GUGUGGUGAACGUUACACUUGGCUUGAGACUCGUGACCGCCAUUUAAUUUUAUUAUUUAGUUUGCGAUUUCUAUAGAUCGUUUUGCAUCCAAUUUUUAACUGAAAUAAAAUGUUAAGAAGGAUUGCUGUUUCAUUCAACAGCGCAAGAUUAUUGUGCAAUCCAUCAAUACAAAGUCGAAAUUUUUCAAACAACGAGUGUAAUGAUAAACCAAAAAUUUUAAUAACUGGUGGGCUUGGUCAACUUGGUAUUGAAUGUGCAAAGUUGCUGCGAAGUAAAUACGGUGAAGAUUCCGUCAUUCUAUCCGAUAUCAUUAAGCCAAACCGAUCAUUGACACAAGGUGGACCGUAUAUAUUUGCUGACAUAUUAGACUUUAAAGGUCUUCAAAAAAUCGUUGUCGAUCAUCGCAUUGAUUGGAUUAUCCAUUUUUCGGCGCUUUUGAGUGCAAUUGGCGAGCAAAAUGUGCCGUUAGCUGUAAGAGUCAAUAUUGAAGGAGUACAUAAUGUCAUUGAAUUGGCCAAGCAAUAUAAUUUACGUAUAUUCGUGCCCAGUACGAUUGGCGCAUUCGGUCCCGACUCCCCGCGACAUUUUUGUCCUAACAUUACCAUUCAACGGCCACGUACCAUUUAUGGUGUAUCCAAAGUCCAUGCAGAGCUAAUUGGCGAGUAUUAUCAUCACAAAUUUGGCUUGGAUUUUCGUUGUUUACGUUUCCCCGGUGUCAUUUCUUCCGAUCCACCAGGUGGCGGUACAACGGAUUAUGCUGUUGCAAUAUUUCACGAGGCGCUUCGAAGCGGCCACUAUCAAUGCUACCUAAAACCCGACACACGUUUGCCAAUGAUGUAUAUCGAAGAUUGCCUACGUUCUCUGUGGGAAUUUAUGACGGCACCCAGUGAGUGCCUGCAACGCAGAGUGUACAAUGUAACUGCCAUGUCAUUCACUCCUGAAGAAUUGGUCGAAAAACUUUAUAAAUAUGUUCCGGAACUACGAGUAACUUACAGACCAGACAGCCGACAGAAUAUCGCCGAUUCAUGGCCACAGGUUUUUGACGACUCCGAUGCACGCCGAGAUUGGAAUUGGAAGCCAAAAUAUGAUUUAGACAAAUUGGUCGAUCUUAUGGUACAAGAUGUGCGAGAAAACUACCUGAAAAAAGAUUGCAACGCGCAAUAGUUUUAGCAGAAUAUUAAACUUUUGCACUUGUUAAACAAACAAAAAUGAAGAAAAAAUCAAUGUGUCGCCAUGAAUUUAAAAACUUAUGUUUUUAUAAUGCUUUUAUUAUUUAAUAUCAAAUUC